AUGCCGCUUAAUUCACCGCCAAAUUCUUCUCUUACAAAACAAAGAUUAAUAAUGGAACGAUGCUCAACAUUAAAAAAGACUUGUGAACAAUGUAAAAGACGUCGACGUGUAUGUAAUUCACAACGACCCUGUUCGAAUUGUAUUGAAACUCAACAUGACUGUGUUUAUAAUGUCAUUCCUGAUCACUCCAGGAGUGUAUUUUCUACUCAAGCAGCAAGGAGAUUAAGCUCAGGAUCGGCAUGUGAGACAUGUAGAAGAAGAAAGACAAAAUGUGAUGGUGGUAGUCCUUGUACUUUUUGUGCCACAAAUAAUAUAGAAUGUGUUAAUCAUUCGGAGAGAAGACAUCUAUCAAAGUUAAAUACGAAUAAUAAAGCAAACCAUCCUCCUUCUACUGAAACUAUGGAUCGUAUCGAGGAUAGACUAAGGCGUAUUGAAAGACUGAUGACUGCUUUUACUCCAAGUCCAAUGUCAAGUAUUUCUUCAACUACAACUACUACAAAUAAAGAAAGCCAUAAAAUUAGACCUCAUCGUCAUUCAGUACAAGGUAUUAAUAUUUCAAAGGAAAAAAUGACUGAAUUAAACAAUAAAAGAGCAUAUCCUUACUCCUCACCUACUAGAAUUGGUUCACCACCUACUUCUAUGAUAGCUAACUCUAUGCUAAAUUUGUCUAUUUCUAACACUAACUCAUUCAUUUAUAAAGAACAACAACAGUUACCAAGUCCACCAAAUUCUGCCCAUAGUAUAGAUGAAUGGAAAACUACAGCAGGAGGAACGAUACCAAGCUUAAUGGAUCAACUUUCAAAAAGAACUUUUGCUACCUCAGCAAUUGAUUAUACAACUACACAAUAUCCAAUUUAUCCUUUAACUCCACCACCUUCAAUUCAUAGUCAGUCUCGUCAGAUAUCAUCACCUCCUCCUUUAAGACCUCAUAGUCACUCUUGA